AUGCCUCCUGUUCUGCUCUCGCGUGGUCUGGACCCUUUGUUGGGCAUUUUCACCGGAGUGUUCGCAUACUACCUCUAUGAGAGUCACCCACGCAGCGCCAUAGAGCCAGAGGACAAGCUGAAUGCAGUCAUUGCGUGGAGAUGGAAGAAAUGGCAGAGAGAGCGCGAGCAGGUACUAUCACCUGAGGAGGAUGUAGACUUAGCAGCCCUCAUUGGCCAGGCAGGAAAGUGA